CAUGCAGGUCUUUGCCUACAGACCAUCAGCAUAGCUCUCCUAUUGAAGGCCCAUCUGUGCUUCCAGCCUGCCACUGCAAAGUUACUAACCAUUCCUGCUAAGCUGAGCUGCAGCUCCCCAUUCCUCCUGGUAACUGAGGGCCGCCUACUUGUUUCUUGACUCUUCUGCUAUAACCAGUAAUGCCUGGAUGUCUAAGAGUCAGAGAAACCCUCCACGCAGGCCCGGGCCCUAUUUCCGGCCCAGGACUCCCUGAAUCUGCUCUGGCCUCAAUUCUCACCUCUGAUUGCUUUUCCCACCUCUGAGCAGUGCGUCUGCAAUUCCCUGAUUCCCAGAAUCUGCCAGGGGAAUGGUACGGAAAACAAAGAACUUCAGCAAGUUCAGUAUCCCAAGAGGCUCUGCUCAGCGGAAGGACAGACACAGACUGACAGACUAACUAGCCAACCAGGGCCUAUGUGAGGGCCUGGCAGUCGGAAGAGGAGAGAACCACGAUGCAGGGUCCACCCACUUGAGCGAGCAGCAUUAAGUCAUUGGUGCGUUGUCCUUUUGCCUAACUGCUGCGUACUGAGGGAAGCUUCCGCAAGCUCUGAAGUUGCGACAUGGCCAGGAUAUGUUCACUGCCCGCAAAGGCAGUUACAUAUGAUGAUGUGCAUUUGAACUUCACUCGGGAAGAGUGGGCUUUGCUGGAUCCUUCCCAGAAGAGUCUCUACAAAGACGUGAUGCUGGAGACCUACAGGAACCUCAGUGCUGUAGGCUAUUACCUGGAAGACCACAGUAUUGAAGAAAAUUGUGAAAAUUCUAGAAGACAUGGAAGGCAUCUUCACUGGGAUGAAAGAAUUCACACUGGUCUGAAACCCUAUGAAUGUGUGCAAUAUAAUGAGGAAUUUCCAAGUCACAAUCAUCUACAGAUACAUAAAAGAACACUGACCGGAGCCUUUGUACACUGUACUGGUCUUCAAAUAUAUACAAGAAAACACACAAGAGAGAAGCCCUGUGAUUGCAAACCCUGUAGUAAAGCCUUUGCAUGCCACAGUCAUCUGCAAUGCAAUAAGAGAAUGCAUGCUAGAGAGAAACACUAUGCAUAUGACCAAUGCUGUAAAGGCUUUGCACAGAUCAGUAGUCUUCAAGGGCUUGAAAGAGCACAUACUGGAGAGAAGCCUUAUGAAUGCAGCCAGUGUAGCAAAGCCUUUGCCCAUCACAGUGAUCUUCAACACCAUAAAGGAACACAUACCAGAGAGAAGUCCAGUGCAUGUAACCAAGGUGGCAAAGCCUUUGCCCAUCACAAUGAUCUUCAGAGGCAUAAAAGGACACAUACUGGAGAGAAGGCAUAUGAAUGUAAACAUUGUGGUAAAGCCUUUGCUCGUCACAGCCAUCUUCAAAGGCAUAAAAGAACACGUACUGGAGAGAAGCCCUAUAAAUGUAACCAAUGUGGUACAGCCUUUGCUUGUCACAGCCAUUUUCAAAGCCAUAAAAUUACACAUACUGGAGAGAAGCCGUAUGCAUGUAACCAAUGUGGCAAAACCUUUGCCUAUCCCAGUUAUCUUCAACGUCAUAAAAGAACACAUACAGGUGAGAAGCCCUAUGAAUGUAACCAAUGUGGCAAAGCCUUUGCAUUUCACCGCUAUCUUCAUCGCCAUACAAAAACACAUACUGGAGAGAAGCCAUAUGAAUGUAACCAAUGUGGUAAAGCCUUUGCUCGUCACAGCCAUCUUCAAAGGCAUAAAAGAACACGUACUGGAGAGAAGCCCUAUAAAUGUAAACAAUGUGGUACAGCCUUUGCUUGUCACAGCCAUUUUCAAAGCCAUAAAAUUACACAUAUUGGAGAGAAGCCCUAUGCAUGUAACCAAUGUGGCAAUGCCUUUGCCCAUCACAAUGAUCUUCACCGUCAUAAAAGGACACAUACAGGAGAGAAGCCCUAUGAGUGCAACGAGUGCGGUAAAUUCUUUUCACGUCGAAGUAAUCUGCAAUGCCAUAAAAGGACACAUACUAGAGAGAAGCCCUUUUAAUUUAACCAGUGUUGUAAAAAUUCUUCCUUUCACAGUCACCAUCAAAGUCAUAAAAGAACACAUCCUAGAGAAAAUCCCUGUGAAUAUAACCAAAUUUGGUAAAUCUUUUGGACAGAAUGGUAAUUUUCAGAGGUAUAAAAGAAUAGAUACUAUAGAGAAUGUAAUCAACGUGAUAAAGCCGUUGCUUGUUAUAGCCAUCAGCAAUACCAUAACAGGACACAUAUUGUGGAGAAGGCUUAUGAAUGUAAUGACUGUGGUAAAGCCUUUGCACACAACCAUGAUCAUCAAAGACAUAAAUGGAAACAGUGAAGAGAAACCCUAUGCAUAUAUCCAAUGCUGUAAAGCCUUUGGUCAUUAUGGUGGUCUUCAAAGGCCUCCAAAUGACACAUUGCAGUGAGGCCCUAUGCAUACAGUCAACUUGAUUAAGCCUUCGCAUAUCAGAGUCUCCUAAUGCAUGAAAGGAAUCAUACUGGAGAGAUAUAGUGGAUGUGUAUGUCUGACUCUUUUCCUGAUCUUGCAAUGCAUUUCCAACCAGGAUUUGUUCCUAUUCUUAUUGUCAUAUGUAAUCAGUUGUUCAGUUGAUAUCCCCAAAAGUUCUGCUCUUUUUUUUUAAGGAAUUGGCAGGGGACUGGAUCUGGGUGUGAUGGUUGGGAG